GUCCCUAAAAGAAAGCUAGAUUACCCAGCCGGGCCCACAUUGGACACUGUCAUAUUGUCUUAUUCCUGAAGAAAAGGGAAGAAGAACAACUCCCAUUUGAAUAAGGAGUCCACAAUAGUAAUCAAAAAGUCCAUUACUUUUCUCGACUAUCAGCUCCUCCUCAUUGUCAGUUCAGUUGUGGUUUAGCACCAGCCUAAAUGGAUCUUAAUGAUCUGAACAAGGUCUGGGAAGUCAAAUCUUUGAAGAAAGUACGUGAUGAUGAGGCAAGGGAAAUUCUUGAAAAAGUAGCAAAGCAGGUGCAACCUAUAAUGCGCAAAAGGAAGUGGAAAGUUAAGGUGCUCUCUGAAUUUUGUCCUGCCAAUCCAUCUCUUUUGGGACUCAAUAUAGGGGGAGGUGCUGAGGUUAAGAUUAGAUUGCGCCGACCAAACAAUGAGUGGGACUUCUUCCCUUAUGCACAAGUUCUCGACACCAUGCUUCAUGAACUCUGCCACAAUGAAUAUGGCCCGCAUAAUGCUGAUUUUUAUAACCUAUUGGAUGAAAUCAGGAAGGAAUGCGAGGAGCUUAUGGCUAAAGGAAUUACAGGUACUGGACAAGGAUUUGAUCUUCCCGGAAAGCGAUUGGGUGGGUUUUCUCGUCAACCUCCGUUGUCAUCAUUGCGUCAGAAAGCACUGGCUGCUGCAGAAAACAGAGAACGAAUUGGAGUACUUUUGCCAUCAGGGCCUAAGCGUCUGGGAGGUGAUAGUGUCAUCAAGGCUGCACUCAGCCCAAUUCAGGCUGCCGCUAUGGCUGCAGAAAGGAGAUUACACGAUGAUCUAUGGUGUGGCUCCAAAAUGUUAGAGAGUGAGGGGCCUUCUGAAAGCUCUAAAGCUUCAGUGAUACCGAAGUCUCAUCCUACUUCAGUUGUAGGAACCGAUCCUAAGAAAAUGUGGGAAUGUUGUGCGUGCACUUUAUUGAAUCCGCCUCUAGCCCUUCUUUGUGGAGCUUGUGGAACCACAAAGGACAGAGGAAAUGAAGCAAAGGCAGCAAAGGUCUGGUCCUGUAAGUUUUGCACAUUGCAUAAUAGCCAUGAGGUUGAACGGUGCUUAGCUUGCGGAGAGUGGAGAUACUCUUAUGGUCCACCUGUUUCAACCACGGAUCCUCGUAUUAGCACCUAAAGCACAAGAAGCAAAGAAUUUUAAUGAAAUUACAGGCGGACUUUGGUACAGGUCAGACAUGAUUGGUUAAAUUAAUUGUAAAUGCGUAUUUGGUGUAAUUAAAGCGGUCAUAUUCGCACUCCUUAUUUGCCCAUUCUGCUUGAAACCAACUGUGAACUUAAUAAUAUGCUGAAUGAGAUGGUAAGUCAUUUAAGGCCC